AGUACGGUGGCCGGGGAGGGCCAAUCCUCUCCGGGAAGGGAAACGCAGGCUUCCAAGAUGGCGGCUCACUUAAAGAAGAGGGUUUACGAGGAAUUCAGUAAAGUGGUCGUCCAGCAACAGCAGCAUGAAGAAAUUUCGGCAAAGAAGCUCCGGCUGACCAAACCAAGCAAAUCAGCAGCCCUCCAUGUUGAUCUUUGCAAGGCUACCUCGCCCGCAGAUGCUUUACAAUACCUGCUUCAGUUUGCCAGGAAACCAGUGGAAGCUGAAAGCGUGGAAGGUGUUGUCCGGAUCCUCCUGGAGCAUUAUUACAAGGAGAAUGAUCCUUCCGUCAGACUCAAGGUGGCUUCCUUGCUGGGACUGCUGUCAAAGACUUCCGGAUUUUCUCCUGACUGUAUUCUCGAUGAUGUUGUUAACACACUCCAAAAUGAGAAAUCGCACCAAGUUCUUGCUCAGUUGCUGGACACCCUGCUGGUGAUUGGGAAGAAGCUCCAGGACGUCCUUGCUGUGCGGAUGCGCCUGGUAGAUGUUGCCUGCAAGCACCUGACUGAUUCUUCCCAUGGUGUAAGGAACAAAUGCCUCCUUUUAAUUGGCUGCCUUGGGACUGUGGAAAAAGGUGUUGUGAAAGAAGCAGAAGGCCAGCCUCCCAAAGAUGUCCAGAAGAUCAUUGGGGAUCAUUUCAAUGACCAGGAUCCUCGGGUUAGGACUGCAGCUAUAAAAGCCAUGCUCCAGCUACACGAAAGGGGAUUAAAGCUGCAGCAAAACAUUUAUAAUCAGGUAACCAUUGUCCCGAUUCCUUCCUCCAACGAAGAGAUCCGGCUGGUUGAUGAUGCCUUUGGAAAGAUUUGUCACAUGGUCAGUGAUGGCUCCUGGGUGGUUAGAGUCCAAGCUGCUAAACUGUUGGGAUCCAUGUUGCAAGUUAGUUCUCACUUCUUGGAACAGACUCUAGAUAAGAAGCUGAUGUCAGACCUGAGGCGAAAACGGACCGCCCAUGAACGGGCCAAAGAGCUCUACAGCUCUGGGGAAUUCUCUAGUGGCAGAAAAUGGGGGGACGACGCUCCCAAAGAAGAAAUAGACACUGGAGCGGUGAAUCUGAUUGAAUCAGGUGCUUGCGGAGCCUUUGUUCAUGGACUGGAAGAUGAGAUGUACGGGAAGCAUCUUAUACGCGAUUCCUCUCGAGAUAUCCGGGAAGCUCUUCAUGAGCUGCUCUGUUGUACCAACGUGUCAACGAAAGAAGGCAUCCACCUUGCCCUGGUUGAGCUCCUGAAAAACCUCACCAAGUACCCUACAGACAGGGACUCCAUCUGGAAGUGCUUGAAGUUCCUGGGAGGCCGGCAUCCGACCCUGGUGCUUCCUCUUGUCCCAGAACUGCUGGGCACCCACCCUUUCUUUGACACCCCAGAGCCUGAUAUGGACGACCCAGCCUAUAUUGCUGUCUUGGUUUUCAUUUUCAACGCGGCCAAAUCCUGUCCAACGAUGCCCGCCCUCUUCUCGGACCACACGUUCCGGCAUUACGCUUAUCUUCGGGACAGCCUCUCUCACCUCGUCCCUCCUUUAAGACUGCCUGGGAGAAAGCUGGCCUCCUCCACUGUGUCUGCCAGCCUCCCCCUCCAGGAAGACCCUUCCCAGGAAUUCCUGCAGCAGAGUCUGGAAAGAGUGUACCAUCUUCAGCACCUAGACCCCCAAGGGACGCAAGAGCUGCUCGAAUUCACCAUCCGGGAUCUUCACAGUUUCGGAGAGCUUCAGUCUGAACUGGCUGGGAUGGCAGACUUCUCUGCCGCUUACCUGCGAUGCCAGCUCCUUCUCAUUAAGGCCCUUCAGGAGAAGCUGUGGAACGUAGCGGCCCCCUUGUACUUGAAACAGAACGCUCUGGCAUCAGCGGCAGCGAAGCAGAUCAUGGAAGAAACAUACAAGAUGGAGUUCAUGUACAGCGGCGUGGAACACAGACAGGUGGUCAUCAUCCACCACAUGAGACUGCAGGCAAAAGCGCUGCAACUGAUAGUAACGGUGCGAACUACAAGAGGAGUGGAACCUCUGUUUGGGAUGUGUGAGAAGUUUUUACAAGAAGUGGACUCUUUUCAGAGAUGUUUCAUUUCCGAGCUCCCUCACAUGCAAGACAGCUUUGUGGACAAGCUUCUGGACCUGAUGCCUCGGCUGGUCACCUCCAAGCCUUCGGAAGUGGUGAAGAUCCUCCAGGCCACCUUGCGGCAGAGUAGUUUCCUUCGCCUUCCUCUUCCUGAGAAGAUCCACAGGGCAACGGCCACCAUUAUUGAACCCACAGGAGAAUCGGACAACCCACUGCGCUUCACAUCAGGAUUAGUCGUAGCUUUGGAUGUUGAUGCAACUCUGGAACAUGUGCACGAUCCACAGGGCACAGUUAAAAUUCAGGUUCUGUAUCCUGACGGUCAGGCCCAGGUGAUCCACCCUAAGCCAGCAGACUUCAGAAAUCCUGGGCCCGGAAGGCAUCGGCUAAUCACUCAGGUUUACCUCUCGCAUACUGCCUGGACAGAGCCUUGUCAGAUUGAAGUUCGGCUGUUGCUGGCAUACAGCUCGGAUCGACACAAAGCAGCCACCAGAUCUCCGCGGUCUGCCUGGGGAGACAGCAUGGAGCUUCUCCCACAGUCGGAGAACGGCAUCGAAGGAACUCUCCCUUUCAGCAAGCCAGUCAAAGUCUACAUCAUGCCCAAGCCUGCCAGACGAUGAGCCUUGUAAUGGGGAAAAAAAACUCUCUUUUUUUUGCUCAUUAUGGGACUUCUGGGAAGUGACUGGAGACACAGAAAACUAACAUGGGACGUGCUUUUAGGAGACUGCACUGGGAGUUUACAGUGUAGAUCCCUUCCCAUUUUACGUUUCAGCAGCUUUCUCUGAGAGAACAUGGCAAAGUUAUUAUUAUGGGCUUUAGCAAGUGUGCAAAUACCUCUGGUUGAAUCAACCAAAAGACUGGCUUCCCAACCUUCUCUGCUUACUCAUCAUCUGAGCUGCUUCUUGAACUUGGAGGCUCAUUGGCUGGUUAGUACGAAGGAUCUGUAGCCCAACUAAAACCCUUACUGUUCCACUACCUCCAUAGUCCACGAAGCCACAGGCCUCUGGUUGGGAGAGGAGGCACUAGCUAGAAUGAUGAUGUCAGCAGUAGAUGUUGGCCGGAGGCUUUGGACCUUCUCCUCUUGGACCAGGAGUGGGUAGACCGAAGGCCAGUUUCUACUUUUGCCGGCUGCCUAAAGGUCACCAGUGCAUCCUCUCCGCUGUUUUUCAGGGUUUUUUUUACAGCUGUUCUGCAUUUAUUUGCAGUCAGGAACCAGGAAGUAACUCUUGCCUGGUGAUGACUUCCCAAAUCCAUUGAUGUUAUUAAAGUCUGGAAAUAGCACUUUGACACAAAAAUGAAAGCUGUAAACAAUGUUUAACCACUAGAGAAGCUGAAAUAAAUAUAAAAUUGUUGCA